GCCCACAAUUCCUUGCUAUGUUCCGGUUUCCAUUCCUUCAGUGCUAAGAUGGCGGACCGGCGACGACGAAGGAGGCGCGCGUCUCAGGACAGCGAAGAGGAGGACGAAUCUGCCUCCGGUUCGGAAACUGAAGCACCAUCUUCAGUAACGACAAAGGCCCGUGAUAGGGACCCCGAGACCGUUGAGGUGCCAUCGGUUCGACCUGUGACAAAGAGCGAUGACGAAUCGGAGUGUGAGAGUGAAGAUGGCGGCGUAGGUGAAGCGGUGUUGUCAGACUAUGACAGUGCAGAUCCUGAGGAGAACGGCUCACAUUCAGAGGGAGGUGAGGAAGACGAGCAUGAGGAGGAUGCAUCCCAACCGGCGGCAGCACCCGAGCCCCCGGCCGUGGCCGUGGCCCUGGAGGAGCUGGAGGAAGGAGAGAUCAAAGAAGAGGAGCUGGAGGAAGGAGAGAUCAUAGAGGGAGGAGAGCAGGGACUGGAGGAAGGAGAGAUCGUGGAGAAGGAGGAGGCCAAGACGGGCGACAAGAACAACCUGGCUGGGGAGAGGCAGAGCGGAGAUGGACAGGAGAGCACUGACGACCCUGAGAAUAAAGGCGGGAACCAGCCCGGCCAGAAGUUGGACGAUGAUGAGGAUCGUAAAAACCCAGCCUACAUCCCCCGCAAGGGCCUGUUCUUCGAGCACGACGUGAGGGGACAAACGCAGGAGGAGGAGAGGCCGAAGGGUCGUCACAGGAAGCUGUGGAAGGACGAGGGUCGCUGGGAGCACGACCGGUUCCGUGAGGAGGAGCAGGCGCCCAAGUCCCGGGAUGAGCUCAUCGCCUACUACGGAUACGACAUCCGCAACGGAACCGGCCCCAGCGACAUGCGGCAGAACCGGCAACGCAAGCCCAGGCACGGCUCUCCCCCGUCCCGAGACAAGCGCUACCGCGACAUCCCCAACGACAAGCCUCGUUACCGGGACUCAACUAUAAUGAACGAGAAGCCCGCUCCUCGCUCCGGCUAUCAAGGCUCUCGCAACAGCAACAACAACGGCGGUGGUGGAGGUGGGGGCCCCCAAUCUUACCAGGGCCCCCCCACAUCCUCAGGCCCUCCCCAGUCAUCCAGCCACCCGCCCCCCUCGGCCCCACGACCCUCUGUGCCCCGCUCGUCCAACUCCCAGCCCCCACCAAACACCUCCUCCACCUCGUCGUCAUCCAACCGCGGCUUCCAGGGCGGGCGGCCCCAGUCAGGUCCAUACAGGGCCGAGGGCCGAGGGGAGAGGGACAGAGACAGGGACCGGGAGAGGGACAGGGCUCCCAGACAAGGGCCCCCAGACAACAUGGGGCCUCGGUCCUAUCAGCAGCAGCAGCAUCGGCCGCAGCAUACGGAGGGCGAGCGGGGCCCGAGGCUGAGAGGGCCCCGGGGCCCCAGUGGAGGAGGAGGAGAGGGUGGACGCGGCGGUGGAUACCACCAGUCGGAGAGGAGGAGUCCCUCGGUGGUGGUGGAGGACGUGCGUCACCUAGGAGACGAGCUGGACGACGAUGACGACGAGGGACCUGCCAUCACCAUGACCACCACCUUCACCAGCUCCAGCUACAGCCACUACAGCAAGAGCGGUGGUGGGGUGUCCGAGAGGGACAUUGCGGUGGCUGCCACUGCCCUGGCCACCGCCCCUUCCUCCUCCUCCUCCGCACCCCCUGCCUCCACGCAGUACUCACGCCAGCGCCACCAACAGGCGCAGCGCCACGACACAUCUCCCCCCGCCCCACACCACCAACACCAACACCACCCCGCUACGAGUGCAGGCUCGCAGCAGGAUUACCCAGCGUCCUCCUCGGCGGGCGGCGUCCGGGACGUGUCUCCGCCUCAGGAGCGGCCCGUGGCGGAGAGGAAGUCUUACUCGGCGGCGCGCAGGACUCGAGCGCGGGCGACGGACAUGAUGGGCAAGCAGGCGUCCCUGGAGGAGCAGCCGCCCUCCGCCGGCAUGCCGCACUCCUCGUCGGCGCCCCCUGCUGUCGGAGGCCUGAGUGGCGGCGGCAGCACUGGAGUCGUGGGGAUGAAGGGGGAGCAGUGGCAGCCUCAGCAGCCCCAGCAGCAGGGACAGGGGGACGGGCUGCAGCAGCAGCAGCAGCAACAGCCCCUCUCUGGCCUGGACCAGGACCUUGCGCGCCUCAGCCUGGCGGGGCAGAACUGGGCCGCACAGAGCCCACCCUCGUACCUGCGCGCCGACCUCAGAGGUAUUCCCAGCUCUAUGCACAUGGGUGGAGCUCCCUACGCCAACAUGGAUGAUAUGGGUGUGGCUGGUGGUCGGGCGAAGCGCUACUCUUCGCAGCGUCAGCGGCCGGUGCCUGAGCCGGCUCCUCUGCACAUCGGGGUGAUGGAGGGCCACUACUACGAACCCAUGUCUUACCAAGGACCAAUCUACACCCACGGCGACAGCCCCGCCCCUCUCCCGCCCCAGGGCAUGCUGGUCCAGCCAGAGAUGCACCUACCACAUCCGGGACACCCAGGUCUGCACCCGCACCAGUCAGGCGCCCCGAUGCCUAACCCCGCCCUCUACGCGGCCCCGCCCGUCUCCAUGUCGCCCGGGCAACCGCCCCCUCAGCCGCUGCUGGCGGCGCCCUUCUACCCUCCGCCAGGGGUCAUGACCUUUGGCAACACCAACUUCCCCUACACGCCCGGCGCAACGCUGCCCCCUAUGUACCCAAACCCACAGGCCCAGUCGCAGGUGUACGGUGGCGUGACGUAUUACGACACAGUGCAGCAGCAGGCCCAGCCCAAACCCUCGCCACCCAGACGCUCCUCCCAGCCCGUCACAGUCAAGCCACCGCCACCCGAGGACCACCGGGGUGGUAAACAGAGUGAGGAGGUGCGCUCUUAGCCCUCAGUGCUACACCGCCGCGCCGCCACGAUGCUGAGGAGCCUCUUUGGUCAACAGACCAGCCCAGACCAGAGGAAGCUGAGGAAGGGUGUCUUUUGAGGACCAGCUCCACUUGUGGAUGAACAGAUUCAUUCUCCCCCUAUUUUAAAUUUCUUUUUUUCUUUUUUUUAUGUUGCGUCGUUAGAAAUAUAUUGCUAAAAGUAUUCCUUUUUUUAGAUUUUUAUUUUUUCCAUUUUUUUAAUGAAAUUUUUGUGUGGUGUGUACGUUGUGCUCACACGUCCCUACAGAAUUCAUGCUCCCUGCACCCACCCCCCCACCCCCCGCCCCCUUCUCCGUAGUCAUGGCUUUAAAUCCUCAGCUUCCUGGCAUGUGCUCCGCCUGUAGUCCUAUCCUCUGUCUGCCUGAAACCAGUCUAGUUGGCAUCGUUUGUGUGGCACGGUCACAGGGUGAGAAGAGGGCAGCCACCGGUUUAAGAGGGGGUGGUGUGGGGGGUUGAGGCUGUAGGGUUUGGAGAGUACGAAAAGUGACCCACAGGGCACAAUCCUGUAAACGAGACCACCCCCUUGUCUUCAAACCAAACCAUCCAUUGGACCUUUAUCCGUUAAUAUGCAUGGUUUACGAUAUAUAUUCUUGUUGAUUCAGGUUUCUUUUUGUGUCCCUUUUUGUCAUUUGAUGAGGGCUUACCCAUCUUUUUUAUUUUGUCAUACUCUGUGGUAUUUGUUCCAGAAUGCCCUUACCAGGUUCCAUUGUCUUGGCAUUAGAGUGAUUGGUGGAAAUUGGUGUAGAAUGCAGAGACGAGUUGUUCUUUUAUACUGUAUACCUUUAACAAAUGGGACGAUCACAGCCGCCUGAUUAGCUGUUCAUUCCCCUGAUCACUUCCCUGCCCAGGGUUACAUUUCUCGAAAGCAUACGUUAGCUACUUUGUUGUUUGCAAUGCAAUUUCCCAUUGACGGCUAACUGGCCAUCAACUAUGCUUUCGAGAAAUGCACCCCCCAGGCUGGUGCAUGUUUGUUUCAGUUGGCAAGGUGAUGUCUUGAGUGCUGUAUUAUACCAGUAUCUAGAGCUCAAACACACACCGUUACUGUCGCACCUUCAUUCUUAUCAUCAGUGUUUGUCCUUCAAAGGUUUUAGAGAGUUUCCGUUUGGUCCCCAUUUGUGAACUGUUGACUUGAACGUUUCACCCCCAAAAUGAUGUCUCUGAGAAUCUGAGGGAAAAGUUUGGACUUCUUUUCCCCCCUCCCUGCUGUAUUGCAUUCAUUUUUCCCCAUUUUACACCAACAGUCACUGGUGCUUAAACAUAACUUCCCUGUAAAUCAUCCAUUACUUAAAAAAAAAUAUAUAUAUCUAGAAUAGAUUGAAACACUUUGUUGAAAUACUUGACCAAUUCACCCACAGUGUGAUUUACAUGCAGCGACGGUGCUAGCGUUAGCCUGUAGCUAAAGGCGCUACAGAUGUUUCCACUGGCGAGCGGAGAUUCUUCUCGCUUGGUUGUCUCUCUGUUUUUAUUCCCCUUUAUUUGUUUUUCUGUUUGUCAUUAUCUCCCUCUUCUCUUUGCUAACUUCCACGUUGUGCUGUGUGGUUGAAUAUACUGUAUUAUCAGAAUAAGAAAAGACAAACGAUCCAUUAACCUUUUUGGCUGAAACUGAAGUACUUGACAGUGCAUCUGCUUGGUGAUAACGUUUCUAUGUGUGUAUAGAUAAGUGUAUAUUGAAGCCUGUGGUUUAUUGAGCUGUAAUACUUUAUUAUUAAUGAUUCUUUUUUAUUAUCAUUAUUGUUUGUUUCUAGUUACAAAGGAGUCAGUACUGUCAGCUUGAGCUCUGUCGGCAGGGAAGACCCAGCCUGCUCAUAUUCGUAUGUUGGUCUUAUAUUUGUAAUGACAGAGAAUUUAAAAACGUGAAAAAUGUAAAGCUAUAUAGGUAUAUAUACUAAUGAUCCUAAAGUGGCCAGAGUCAAAUAUGGGAUGGCCUCUCGUGUCAUGUCUGUCAUUACUAAAAGAAGAAAAUAAUAAAAGGAGCAAUGGUCAUGGAGAGGCAUCUACCAGCCACUUUUUUCCUGAAGGGGUUGGGGAGGGAAAUGCUUUUUAAGUUUUAAUUUUGCCUUUCACUAAUGCUGUACAGACAUGCAUGAGGAUAAAAGUAUAUUUCAUUGUAAAAGCAAUUGUAGAGGGUUGCGUCAGGGGCUAAGAAGCUGUUAUACGCUAUGCCCCACAUAGGGGUUCGCACACGAUGCUUAUGUUAUUAUUUUUCUUUAUUACGUAAAGUAAAACAAAUAAAAAUGACUAAAUGAAAUUUCCUCCCUGUUAUGUUCCACAGAAAAGAUAAAAACCUAACAGUAUCUUAACGGAAAUAGUCGCAAUGUUUGUUCUCAGUGUUGAUUAGACAUGAGUAAUUAAAGAUGUAUUGCGUUUUAUGCCUUAAUGAUGGAAUCGGUUUAACAUAUCUUCGGUUUUUGUUUGGAAUAGACCUGCCAACACUGUGAGGCCGUGUGCUUGUUUUGUCAGUGAUCGACUAUACAAACUUUAAAGUUUUUCUUUUAUUUCUGGAGGAAGGAGGACUAUUAAAGAAUUGGAGUCUGAAA